AUGUCGACCUAUUGUGGAGGUCGCUUUGCUGUUCCACCUGGAUUCGAUUUCCGACUACUUCCUCAGAAAUCGAAAAGUGUCGUUGUUGUCUCUAUCAUUGGCUUCUUCGACUCGUUUAGACAGAUGACUUCAUCGAGUUUAGUCGAAAACUUUCUCAACCGAAACGCCUUUUCGCUCCCUUGUACUGACGACCCCAACUCGCUGCUUGCCUUCGAAAGGAAUCUAACGGGCCAAAUUUUCAAUGGUUUCCAUGAAAGUGGCUUGCUUGAAGGUAAUUCAUCAGAGAAUCGGUUAUUCGACUUGAUGGGCUACAGUUACGUUCGCGUUCUUCCUCCUGACCUUAUCGAACCCCUCAAUCAACACACGGAACAUCAUGGACACUCCGACAAGGGCCACUUGGCUCAACAAUUGCUCGAAUCCUUGCUACUAGCUACCGGGAUUCCCUCUUUACUUGAAGGUUCAGAUAUCAUAAAGAACCAAAGCGCGACCCCUCACUCGCCUCUCUAUCCACCACCUGACCGGCCUGACGACUGUAGUUUUCCCGCAUUCCUCCAGUGCCAUUUAACAUCCUUUCUUGAUGAUCCUGCGUGCUAUAAACUGUAUAGUAGUCUGAUGAAUGACGAAGAACCUGCGUCCACUUCCUCGGCGACAAAAGUCGCAGGUGGAUCGAAAGUCUUUGAAGGUAAUUCUGACUCCUCCCUGAGCCGUCACUGGCACAAACUGUUCCACUCCGCAACGGACAAUACAAACGUGGACGCUGCUGCUGCCAAGCCUACAGCGGUCACAUUGUUGGCUACUGAAUCACAGUUAGACCAAAGGCUGUCUAGCACACGUUCUGAGGCUGCGCUUUCAGCAGCUGAGGCUCACUACCGGCAAGACUUGCCAUCUCACUACUCAAGAACAUACCAUCUUGCAAAGGCAAUUUCCUCCUACAACGUGUUUCUUCGGCUUGCACGCGGUCGCUGCGUUAUAUUGGCCCUUGAUCGUCUUACGCGUCGACUGGCCCGCCUCUACCUCGCCGGUCGUGUAGGCUGCCCGGCGUUGUUAGUUUCAGGGGCGAUUUGCCGGCAGGAACUUCAUCGCAUUCCUGAUCGUUUCCCUUGCAUAGCAAAUGCUUUUCGUGCUCUAAAGGACAAAAGGAAGAGUAUGGAUGAAUAUUCCACAGCCAACUUCGCUAGUCUCAUAAAUACAGCUUGCGACGCAGGAAAUAUAGCAUCAAGGUCGACGAAAAUCGCCCAUCUCCAUGAAACCACUCUCUCCGAUUGCCUUCAGGAUGUGCCACAUGGUGUCGUGGGCCAGUGGCGUUGUGCGUGGAUCGAGGCAGUUUUGAAGAUACUCGAGAAACAGGAAGACCAUCAGGAACCCUCAGGCGAACCUCCUUGCGAGGAUUCCACCGCCCUGCAGCAUCUCUCCGUAAUUCCACACAGAUCUGAUCAAAGAUAUAUUAGCUACUGUAACUGCGGACGCACUCAGGCCCUGCGUCUGGAUCCUUUCGACUAUCAAGAGGCCAACUGGAAUUUUUAUAACUCCCUUGAGUCUGCAUGUUGUAACAAGCUUACCACGAUCCCACUGGCACCAUUGUUUCUGAACGCUUUGGGUCACAAUUUCUGUAUCGAACACGGUGGCGCUAACGUCACUGGGAAAGUCCAGGCGUCCCAGCUCGAAGUCGAAUUUUCGGACUUGGCUCUUGGAAACAGUCGCCAGCCCUUGAGUGGCAAUGACAUGGUCGAAGACGAGCAGUUCACAGAUGGGACCGACCUGCGUGAUGCCGAAGAAGAGACAUUUCUUGACGCAAGAGAGUCGGACUCCUAUGAAUCCUCCGCAUCGGCCGAGGUGUCUGGUUUGAAUUCCUUUAAGGAUGGAACCACUGGCAGCGUUUCACAAGACUCAGAUCAAUUUUUACCUGUGAAAACUCGUUGCGAAACAAAAGCGGCCUCCAAUGCAUCCGAUGACGAUGAAUUGGCCAAAGAACACACCAAUGUACGUGAUGUAAAGGUCGCCUCCUCAAGGCAGGAAAUCGCGGUUUCUUUUGUUCAGGGUAUGCCUGUUCUUGGGCAGCCCGCUGGGACUCUACCACUUUACCCCUCAUGGGCGAUCCACGCGCUCGGCAAGUACUUCAGCUACUCACAUUCAUCAGGAAUGUCCCACCCAGGUUUCCUCCGAGGAAGCAAUUUUCUUCUCCCUUGGGAUGUUCAGUUGUCCCGUUCGUCUGUGUCUGUUGCAUCGAAACACCGUGGUGGUCGCCAGCGUGACUUUGACACUAUCAAGCUCUUUCUCGGCUUCGAAAUGGAGUGUCCGUUGGGCCAUCGUUUCUUUCUCGCCGGUCCUGACCGCCCAAUGACGGGUCUUAUGCAAGGCUGUGACGUCCGACGAGCUGUUUCAAGCCUCCUCGCUUGCGACCUGCCCCUCUACCUGCCGUGUCGUUGUUCCCCAGCCUCUGCCAACGUCAACGAUGACAGAGUUGACAGUGGGAGCGAAGUUAUUUGGUCACAGCUGAUGCGCAUAUUCGUGGCACUACCGUCUGCCCCGGUACGCAUUCGCUUCGGUCCGAGAAUUAGGCCCGGACCAGUGGAGUCCAACACCCCCAUCUUCCACCUCGGCCCAACACUUGAUCAACAGGUGAAUUCCACUGUUAUUCUGAUGCGUCUCAUUUUAUUUCUACGCAUCUUGUAG